GGAGCGGGGUGCCCGGCACGGUUCACGCCUGCGCAUUGCCAGGGUAGAAGGGAGGAGGUGGAGGCUGAUGGCAGCUGAAGAUGGCGGAGGGGAAGGAGCCGAAUAAUAAGUGGGUUCGGCUCAAUGUCGGCGGCACUCACUUUCUAACCACUCGGCAGACCCUAUGCCGCGAGGAGAAGUCGUUCCUGUACCGUCUGUGCCAGGAGGAGGGGGAGCUGCUUUCGGAUCGAGAUGAGACAGGAGCGUACCUGAUUGACCGGGAUCCCACGUACUUCGGGCCAAUACUGAACUAUCUCCGACAUGGCAAACUUGUCAUCAACAAGGAACUGGCAGAAGAAGUUUUCAGUUCUGUGAAGAUCUGCCCCAUUUUUGAAGUCGUUUUAAACAGUGAGUUGAAAACGGCAUUUACAAGAGGUCAUGAAAUUUCAGCUAAAUGACUGGUAAGCCUCUUG